UCUGAUCCCGGGGAGAAUGAGGCACUCGGAGGACAGCAGCAGGUGCGUGGUUUAUCUGUCAAGAUGUGAUCCAGUCCGAUCGCAUUAGGAGGAGACCGAGACAGCACUGACUAAAACACGAGCUUCAUGUGAUACAGAAACACAGAGACAUCGAGAAUCCUCAGGGAGAGAUCUUCCGGUGCAGGACAGGGCUCCUCAGACACUGAUGGACACAGAGAUGUCUCAGACUCCACGCAGGAGAAGAGCGCUGACCACAGAGCCUGCAGACAGAGAGACGUGGUCACGAGAGCACAGAUUGAGGUCAUUAGCAGAGAAACGGAAAACGAGUCCAUACUUCAGUGGAAGGAGUGAGGCUCUCAGUGCCCCGAAGCGCAAGGCCUUCAGGAAGUGGACUCCACCGCGCUCGCCCUUCAACCUGGUGCAGGAGACGCUGUUUCACGACCCCUGGAAGCUGCUGGUGGCCACGGUCUUCCUCAACAGGACCAGCGGUAAGAUGGCGAUCCCGGUGCUGUGGCAGUUCUUCGAGCUCUAUCCGAGCGCAGAGGUGACGCGGGCGAGCGACUGGAGACCUCUUUCUGUCCUGCUGCAGCCGCUGGGUCUCAGCACGCUCCGCGCCAAAACACUCAUCCGCUUCUCCGAUGAGUAUCUGAGUAAAUCGUGGCGGUAUCCCAUCGAGCUCCAUGGCAUUGGCAAAUACGGCAACGACUCGUACCGUAUCUUCUGUGUGGAGGAGUGGAGAGAGGUCACUCCAGACGACCACAAGCUCAACGACUAUCACGCCUGGCUCUGGAAGAACCAGGAGCAGCUAGGAAUCUGAUUUUCUAUACACUCCAGGAUAUCUGAAUAAAUCAUAAUGUGUGCAGCACACAUGUGAAUCAGUGUCAGUAACUCACCAGAGUCUGUCUCCUCAAAACAUCUGAUGUUCUUGUUCUGUCAUCAUGUUGGUUCAUCAGUUCAAGAAAAAUGCUUUCUGUCUGUGUAAAAAAUAAAUGGACUUUUACCUUUUGUA